AUACCCCCCUCUCCAGCAGCAUGAAAGGAACCUCACUGUUCAGACUCCUGUACCGCAUGAGCCAUGGUUCUUCAGCAAGAAGUUUUUCUUUUGGUAGUUGCCAGUCUAUGUGCUGUGUUUGCAAAACAUGAUAUCCAAAUAGAAUGUGGAAAAGGCGUUGUGUUGGUGAGAUUGAGGGUGGGACCGGAGCUGUCUGUGAAUGUCUCCCGAAUUUUACUUGGCAGCUGCUACGCGACGGAAUUUGUUCCACUUCCAGAAGGUGGAGGGGACCUGUUUUUUCAUUAUGCAUUAACUGCAUGCCAUUUUAAAAAGAUGAUCACUGAAGAGGCGGUCGUCUACAAAAACACACUUGCAUACAGGCCAGAGUCUAAGCCUAAGCCAGCUGCAUUAUCCUUUCCUGUUGAAUGUGCAUAUAAAAGAAAAAAGGCUUGGACUCCUGCCUUCCUGAAUCCUGGCUUCGCCAGUGCUGAGGGUCACAGCCAACUCUCCUUCCACAUGGGGCUCCUUAAUGAGAAUCUCACUGGCCCAGCACAGUCCAACUCCUUUCCCGUGGGCUCCUUCAUCCCUGUGUGGGCUUAUGUGGAGCAGCACGCCCAUCAGCCCUUGGUGCUGCUCCUGGAUGAGUGUGUUGCAUCAAACAGCAUAGAGUUGGAGCCAACAACAAAGGUCUAUCCAAUCAUCACUAACCAUGGGUGUCUUGAUGAUGGGAAGAAUGGAAACUCUUUGUUUCUGCCCAGAUACGAGUCUUCUGCAGUUGUUCUUUACUUGCAAGCCUUUAGUUCUUCUCUGGAAAAAGGAUUACAAUCCAAUCAUGGCUUUGAUGAGGUAUACAUCCACUGUAAACUUGUGGCAUGGGACCCAAAUAUUUUUGAUGAGGGCAAGAAGAUGUGCAACUUUAACAAGGAGUUUGGAGGUUGGGAACUUCUGGACGAUCCAUCUAGGAGUGCUGUCUGCAGUUGCUGUGACAGGGUCUGCAAACACCGUGCUAGGCGGGAUGUGGACUCCGAACCUCAAGGGCUUGUUCAGAAUGCAGUACUGGGGCCACUGAUCAUCACGAAAAACUAAUUCCAGGAAGCGAUUGAGCAUACAUUUAGAGGUGAUCUGGAGUUUCCUUGUGUGUACUGACUGGUCCUGGGCAUUUAAAGUGCACUUGCAUGGCUCUUCUAUCUUGUGUUUAAAAUAAAUAUUUUCCAAACUG